ACAUGUUCCCAAUCACAUCGUCGUCUGAGCGCGAGGAUGUGAGUGAGGUCGCUUUAAGGAAUAUUUGUGCUGCCAUCAAUCGUGAACAGCAGGACGCCUCCUCCUACCUUUUCUCCGACACCACCACAAACUCUCUGUCAUUGUGGCUCACCUGGUGCCGAGCAAAGCGACUCCAAGUCAACACAAGAGGCUGCAUUUCGCAGAAAAUGAAGACCACUGCACGGAGGAAAAUAAUGAAAGGCUCUAGAGACUGCCACCAUUACUCCUAAAAUAAUUGCAAAACACUUGAUUCAACAGCAUUUCCAGUGAAGCCCAAACAAUGGAGCUCAACAGCAACCACAACCAUACCUUGGGGAAAGAAAGUCCACGGAAUUUCACAGAGGACUGCUCGCUCUCGUUGAGCGGCACCACCUUCCUCAUCAUAGCGUACAGCGCCGUUCUGGCAGUGGGACUCGUCGGGAACUCGUGCCUGGUGCUUGUCAUCGCCAGGCACAAGGAGAUGCGCAAUGUCACCAACAUCCUCAUUGCAAAUCUGUCCUUCUCCGACAUCCUGAUGUGCAUCGUGUGCCUGCCGGUCACCAUCAUCUACACGCUGAUGGACCACUGGAUCCUCGGAGAGACUCUGUGCAAGCUCACACCUUUUGUCCAGUGUAUAUCGGUCACGGUGUCCGUCUUUUCCCUCGUCCUCAUCGCCAUGGAGCGCUACCAGCUCAUCGUCCACCCCACUGGAUGGAAGCCGAUGGCAAGGCAGUCCUACUUAGCGGUGGCUCUCACCUGGAUCACGGCCUGUUUAAUCUCCGUGCCUUUCGUCAAUUACAACGUCCUUACGUUCCCCCUCCAGAACCUCAGCGUCCCAUUCCCAGUGGAUGACCAACUUGUUUGCAUGGAGCUCUGGCCUUCGGUUGAAGCCCGCCAGGCCUACACCACCUCUCUGCUCAUCUUCCAGUACUUCCUGCCGCUUUCCCUCAUCAUGCUGUGCUACCUGCACAUCUAUCUGCGGCUGCGGAGGAGGAAGGACAUGGUGGAUCGUGGCAGAAACACCACGCAGAAGAACAACAAAGGUGCCACGAGGAUCAACAUCUUGCUAACCGCCAUAGUGGUGGCCUUCGCCCUCUCCUGGCUCCCUCUCAACAUCUUCAACACAGUCUUUGACUGGAAGCACGAAGCCAUUCCGUCCUGUGGCCAUGACAUCAUCUUCUCCUUCUGCCACCUCGUCGCUAUGGCCUCCACCUGUAUCAACCCGGUCAUCUACGGGUUCCUCAACAAUAACUUCCAGAAGCAGCUAAAGUCCACCUUGCUGCACUGUCGCUGCUGGGGCGUGGCAGAGCGCUAUGAGAGUGUGCCGCUCUCCACUGUAAGCACAGAGGUCACCAAGGGGUCAGUCCUGAGCAAUGGCUCCAACAGCAUCAAUACUUAAAGCCAAGAUUUUGGGUGAGAAAAGAAAGCAAGCGGCCCGUUUCCCUCCUCCGCUCCCUUUAUUGUAUCCUUUCAAGGCUUUUUGGUUUGUUCAACACAAACGCACGGUUGACAUUUACAGAGAACCUGACAGUAACUGACCAGAGGGAAGUAAUGUCAUGUCCCCGGCAUGACUGCUGCCCUCUAAUUGUUCCGGUUCCUGACUAAAUGGAAGUGACAAAAUGACAGGACAACGGUUGGAAAGGCUUGAAGUAAUAAAGGUUGACUACAAAACACACUUCACAUAAGAACUUUGUGCAUUUGCACCCUGUACAGUGCUGUGGGACCAUAAAAUAUUUAUUAUAGCCAUCUACCAAAAAAAGGCUCGGCAAGAUGGCAUUCUUUCAUGCUGAAGUCAAUGUAUUUCAAUAUUUGCAGCUUGCUUUGCAAAUUGUGAUUCUGUGCAUUGGAAGCCUCAAAAUGAAGUGACCAGAACCGGGUGGGUGUAUGGCAAAUGCUGACAGCAGUGAUGACUAUAAAAUAGUGUGGCCUGCGAUGUGUUAAUGAUUAUUGGCUGAGUAGGCCAUUGCGCGGUCGGAGGGAGGAACAUUUUGCUGUGGCUCUGGAGAUCUAUGUGCGUUAUUUUCACAUGUUACUUUUGACCUAAACCCACAAACAGUGUAAUAAGAUGAGGACGUUUGCGUCAAUAUAUUGCGUGCAUGUGUACGGAGGACCGAAAGUGCCAAAAUUAAAUAAAUAAAUACACCAUGACAUGUUUAAUCAAAAUGUCAUUGCUUAAUUAAAAUGGCAUUAAUUAAUGAAAUGUUUCAUUUAUUAAUUAAAUACUGAAUUAAGUACAAGCGGGGGUAGGUUAUCUGAUGCGUCAUGCCCUGCAACAAUAUAUCAAGUGUUGUGAAAAAAUCAAAUCAAAUGGGCAAGUCAGGCCAAAGUUUGAUUCCUGAACUGUAUAUAACCCUACUAUAUGAAUGUAUGCCCUGUAAAAUAUGUGACACUGUUUAUUACACUAGUUUAUUGUGUGGUCGGCAAUAAAAAACAUUGUGUAGCAUAGCGGGAAAGAUGUUACUCGCUUUGGUAUGUGGAUUGAAUUAAAACAUUUACUGUUA